UUGUGAACGGCACUUUCUGCAUCAUGGCGUUAUGAAGUAAUCUGGAACAUCUUAAGGUCCAAAAAUAUACCUAACACCUUUUUCUUCAAAAUGGCUGUUCUUUAAUACCCUCUUCACACUUUUUUGUUACAUUUUUAAAACUACAUAUAAAAAUUAUGUUGGAACCAUAUAAUCCUGAUGACGUAUGGCUUAUUGUUUUAGGUUUUCUUAUUGCAUUUGUUUUGGCUUUUGGGAUAGGGGCAAACGAUGUAGCAAACUCAUUUGGAACAAGUGUGGGAUCAAAAGUACUGACAAUAUUUCAAGCCUGUUGUCUAGCUACGGUUUUCGAAAUUUCGGGGUCUAUUCUGAUUGGUUAUAAAGUUUCGGAUACGAUGAGGAAAGGAAUUCUGGAUAUAAAUAUGUACAAGGACGCCGAAAAGGAAUUGAUGUUGGGCUCAAUCAGUGCUCUCACUGCCAGCGCCACUUGGUUGAUAGUGGCUACGUUUUUCAAACUUCCUAUUUCCGGAACACACAGUAUUGUAGGGGCUACUGUAGGCUAUAGCUUGGUUUUGAGAGGAAGUCAAGGUGUGCAAUGGAAAACUCUUGGCAAAAUUGUUGGUUCGUGGUUCAUUUCACCAGUAUUUAGCGGCAUCACUUCCUGUAUUUUACUUUGGAUUAUUAAGCGAUUCAUCCUCACACGUCCCGAUCCUUUAGAGGCAGGCCUAAUGUCCCUACCGCUCUUCUACAGUUUCACCAUUUUGAUCAACAUCUUUUCUAUCGUCCACGAUGGUCCAAAGCUUCUCCACAUGGACAACAUUCCGCUGUGGAUGGCUUCUACUAUAAGCGUCAGCAUAGGUAUCUUCGUCAUGGUAAUUACAUGGUUAUUCGUGGUGCCAUGGCAAAGAAAAGUUAUAAAAGAGCAAGAAGUCAAGGAAGAGAAGUUAGCUGUGAAUUUUAAUAUAGGAGAAUCUUCCGAUACUUCGCCAGAAGGCAGUCCAAACCGCAAACUGAACCGCAACUCUGCCUGUCUAGAACGUCAAUUAACCGUCAUAUCGGAGAGCACGGAACUGCAACAGCUCGACCAGAACCGUAUCACCGCUGCCAAGUACAUUUUCCCCGUGCAAACGACCGAUAAGCACGUUUUCACGCCAGGAGCGAAAGAGACUGAAGUGCGCAAACACGCCAGACCUACCGAGCUUAAACUCGUCGAGAGUACAACCAGUGUAAACCCCGCUUUAUCUCCAAGCUCAAGCGGCGUUCCAUUGAUAACCAAGAGGAAUUCUGCCGGGCGCUGUGAUCAAGGUAAUCGCUUCCUUCGGCCAGGGGACGAUUGCGCCGUUAGUACCUACCUGUUAUAA